AUGACCGGUAAGUGCUUCGAUUUUUCGAAGGACAUCGGUGGACAUCUGCUCAAUGGCCGGCAAUCAGUAGAAGACCGAGAGUGUCUACUAAAUGAAAUCAAUGGUCUAAAAGGCGAACUGUCGAAACAGAUUGACUUGACCAAGUGGUACAAAAACGAGGGUGAACAUUUUAAGCAUGUUAUGGCGGAAAUGAGAGGAAAGAUAACGGAUAUGGAGCAGCAGAUAUAUUACUUGAAUGCAAAGCUGUGCGAAUGUUCCAAACCGGCGAUGUCGGCUGAUUUUGGAACUCCUGGUAGCAGUGACAUGCAGGACCGAGUUUAUCAGCUGGAAUGUGAAAAAACCGAAAUGCGUAACUCAAUGCAAGACCUCAACGACAAAAUUAAGUGGUACAUUAACGAGACCGAAUACUUCAGAAAUGAAAUCAAGGCCAAAGAUAAUUGGUGUGGCCAAUUAAGUCAGUACAAAGACAAAGUAUACUACUUUCUGCCGAAUUCGUUCUUGGUUCGUAAAGAGCCGUAUGUCGACCGCAACAAGUGGAUCCUGGCUAUGUGGAAGGAGAACGAAAAUCUGACCCUCGUGUCACGAGAGUUCAAGAUCCGAUCGCCAGAUGCGCACCAGGUGUAUUUGGCGGCGAGUUUCUUCAACUGGGAGUGCCUGGUAUUGAUGCAUCGUCACGAAGACGGCAUGUGGCGAAUUCAGGUCGAUGUUCCGUGCGGUCAUCACGAGUUCAGAUUCAUCGAGAUCGACAGCAAGCGGUGGUCGACCAGCGACGAGUACGAUUCAUGUUGGAACGACUUUGGCAGCUGCAACAACUGGAUUCUGGUGUAA